AUGAACAUCGUAGAAUGGGCAUUCGGAAAGCGCAUGACGCCGGCGGAACGGCUGCGCAAACACCAGCGCGCACUCGAGAAGACGCAGCGAGAGCUAGACCGCGAGCGCGUGAAGCUUGAGAACCAGGAGAAGAAGCUAGUGGCAGAUAUCAAGAAGAGCGCGAAGAAUGGGCAAAUGGGCCCUCUGCGCAUCCAAGCGAAGGACCUGGUGCGGACACGACGGUACAUCCAGAAGUUCUAUCAGAUGCGCACACAACUUCAGGCGAUAUCGCUGAGGAUACAGACGGUACGCAGUAACGAGCAGAUGAUGCAGUCUAUGAAGGGCGCAACGACACUGUUGGGUAGCAUGAAUAGGCAAAUGAAUCUUCCCGCACUUCAACGUAUCGCCAUGGAGUUCGAAAAGGAGAACGAUAUCAUGGACCAGAGGCAGGAGAUGAUGGACGACGCUAUCGACGAUGCCACCGGCAUGGAAGACGAAGAGGAGAGUGAAGACGUCGUCAACCAGGUCCUUGAUGAAAUAGGCAUUGAUCUUGGCCAGGCCCUUGGCGAGACACCUAGCGGACUGCAGAAAAACGCAGUACCUGAAGCUAGGGUGGCGCAGGCUGUUGGCGGCGGCGGAGCUGACCCGGAUGACGAUGAUCUCCAGGCACGAUUGGACAGCUUGAGGAGGUGA